AUGAAACAAUUUCUCAAAUUUGCGACAUUCAUGUUUGUAGUCACACAAGUUCAUGUCAAAAGUGACACAGCUGAUGUUGUUAUGAGUGUUCUGUCUAGUUUGCUGUCACAGAGCAGGCAGCCUGAAAAGACAACUUCAGCAGCACCAGGAAUCUUACCGAAAGUAUUAAACCCCUUAAAUUGGAUACCAAAGUUUCCAGACGUGCCAUGGAACCCUGAUUCGGAGCUUACAACUCCUGAAAUUAUCACUAGACAUGGAUAUCAGGCUGAAACUCAUACAGUACAAACUGAAGAUGGAUAUUUAUUGAAUUUACAUAGAAUCCCUUGCGGACGAGCUGGCUGUGAUGGAAGUAUUCGUCAACCUGUAUUUUUACAGCAUGGAAUAUUGGCUAGUUCUGCUGACUGGAUCAUUAGUGGACCAGAAAAGGGUAUAGGAUUCAUACUUGCUGAUUUGGGAUAUGAUGUGUGGCUGUCAAAUUUGCGUGGCAACACUUAUUCACGACAUCACAUCUCACUUUCAAACAACGAUCGAGAGUUUUGGAAUUUCAGCUUCCACGAGAUGGCCAUUUAUGAUCUUCCAGCCUCAAUUCAAUUUAUUUAUGACCAUAGAAAGCGAACAAUGGGUGAAUCUGUAUCUGAAAAUGAUUUGAUUUAUGUUGGUCACUCGAUGGGAACUACAGCACUUUUUGUGAUGCUAAGUGAGAUGCCGGAAUAUAAUGAAAAGAUAAAAUUGUUUAUAGCACUUGCACCGGUCGCUUUUAUGACUCACGUCAAAUCUCCAAUCCGGUUUCUUGCGCCGUUCUCAAAGGAUAUUGAGAGAAUAAUGAAAUUUUUCGGUCAAAAUGAAUUCCUUCCGCAAAAUAAAAUCAUCAAGUGGCUCAGUAAGUACGGAUGUGAAAUGAAUGAAGUAGAAAAGUACAUUUGUGAGAAUACGCUGUUUGUCAUCUGUGGCUUUGAUAAAGAUCAAUACAAUUCGACACUAGCAACAGUUAUUUUUGCACAUUCACCUGCUGGAACGUCAACAAAGACUGUUGUUCAUUAUGCACAAGAGAUUCAAGAGAGUGGAAAUUUCCAGAAUUUCGAUUAUGGCUUUGAGGAGAACAUGCGACGAUAUGGAACUGAAAAACCACCGCAUUACAAUCUCAGCAAUGUUGAAGUUCCUGUUGCUUUAUUUUAUGCUCAAAAUGAUUGGCUUGCAGGCUAUCAAGAUGUUAAGAAGCUUUACAUGAGCUUACCCACACAGUCAGCAAUUGAUUUUUAUAAAAUUCCAUUCGACAACUUUAAUCAUGUUGAUUUUAUUUGGGGUAUUGAUGCACCCCAGCUUGUGUAUGACAAAAUGUUACACCUGAUGAGAAAUUACAAAUAA